AUGCCCCGGGAGAUCAUCACGCUGCAGCUGGGCCAGUGCGGCAACCAGAUUGGGUUCGAGUUCUGGAAACAACUGUGCGCCGAACAUGGUAUCAGCCCCGAGGGCAUCGUGGAGGAAUUCGCCACCGAGGGCACUGACCGCAAGGACGUCUUUUUCUACCAGGCGGACGAUGAGCACUACAUCCCCCGGGCGGUGUUGCUGGACCUGGAGCCCCGGGUGAUCCACUCCAUCCUCAACUCCCCCUAUGCCAAGCUGUACAACCCAGAGAACAUCUACCUGUCCGAGCAUGGAGGAGGAGCUGGCAACAACUGGGCCAGUGGAUUCUCCCAGGGAGAGAAGAUCCACGAAGACAUUUUUGACAUCAUAGAUCGGGAGGCAGAUGGUAGUGACAGUCUAGAGGUAAGUGUCCCAGGAAUGCUGGUGGGAGGCUUUGUGCUGUGUCACUCCAUCGCUGGGGGGACAGGCUCUGGCCUGGGCUCCUAUCUCUUAGAACGGCUGAAUGACAGGUACCCCAAGAAGCUGGUGCAGACGUACUCAGUGUUUCCCAACCAGGAUGAGAUGAGCGACGUGGUGGUACAACCUUACAACUCACUCCUCACGCUCAAGAGGCUGACCCAGAACGCAGACUGUGUGGUGGUGCUGGACAACACAGCCCUGAACCGGAUCGCCACAGACCGCCUGCACAUCCAGAACCCGUCCUUCUCCCAGAUCAACCAGCUGGUGUCCACCAUCAUGUCGGCCAGCACGACCACCCUGCGCUACCCUGGCUACAUGAACAACGACCUCAUCGGCCUCAUUGCCUCGCUCAUUCCCACACCCCGGCUCCACUUCCUCAUGACCGGCUACACCCCCCUCACCACGGACCAGUCAGUGGCUAGCGUAAGGAAGACCACGGUCCUAGAUGUCAUGAGGCGGCUGCUACAGCCCAAGAACGUGAUGGUGUCCACAGGCCGGGACCGCCAGACCAACCACUGCUACAUUGCCAUCCUCAACAUCAUCCAGGGAGAGGUGGACCCCACCCAGGUCCACAAGAGCCUGCAGAGGAUCCGCGAACGGAAGUUGGCCAAUUUCAUCCCCUGGGGCCCAGCCAGCAUCCAGGUGGCCCUGUCCAGGAAGUCUCCCUACCUGCCCUCAGCCCACCGUGUUAGCGGUCUGAUGAUGGCCAACCACACCAGCAUCUCCUCGCUCUUUGAAAGUUCCUGCCAGCAGUUCGACAAGCUGCGGAAACGGGAUGCCUUCCUGGAGCAGUUCCGCAAGGAGGACAUGUUCAAGGACAACUUUGAUGAGAUGGACACGUCCAGGGAGGUUGCUACCACACAGCCAGACUACAUCUCCUGGGGCAUCCAGGAGCAGUGAUUUCCCACCCCCCUACUCCCACUGUAUAGGAAGCACAGCCCCCACCAUGCCUGGUCCCUCUCACCCAACUUCACCUCACCAGCAAUCUUUCUAGGUUCAUCUCCAGCCAAGAAGCUGGCCCUACAGGGUUCCAUGCCCUGACCCUUGAUGUGCCUGUUCAGCUCUGAUAAGGUAAUAAAGGUUGGUUGUGAAUAUA